AUGGAGAAGGUGGCUGUCACUGGAAGAGCACCGAUGAGGAACAAAGGAAGAGGUGGCGCCGACGUGGGGGCCGUGAUGGUGGGGAAAGGAGGCGAGGCCGCGGCGUCGGCGCAGCACAAGGAGGAGCACGAGGAGGACGGCGACAUGGUUGGAGUGGUGAAGCUGAUCAGCGCCGAGGGUUUCGAGUUCGUCAUCGACAAGAAGGCAGCCAUGGUCUCCAACACCCUCCGGAACAUGCUCACCUCACCUGGUGGCUUCGCGGAGACGCGCGAAGGCGAGGUGAGGUUCCCUGAGAUCAGCACCGCGAUCCUAGAGAAGAUCUGCCAGUACUUCUACUGGUCGCUCCACUACGCCAGUGGGAAGGAGACGGCGGAGUUCCCGAUCGAGCCAGAAAUAACGCUGGAGCUGAUGAUGGCUGCAAACUACCUCGACACUUAG